GUGAGGAAGAGGCAGCUCAUGGAUACCGUCUCGCCCGAUCGUCUUUGUCAGUUCAAUCAAAUAUUCCAGCGCUUUCCCCAGCGGUUUUCAGUGUUUUGGACUUUCUACUUUUGGAAUUUAUGUUCUAUUUUGUUGGAUUUUGUAUUUCCUGGCUUGGUUUGCCUUUGAACUGAUAAAAAACCGGGACAAUAAGAAGAUCCUCAGGCAGGGAGUUUCGGAGUAGAGGAGCCCAGACUGCAAAAGCCCAGCAACCUUUAGUCUUGAGCUGAGUCUUUGAGAACAGUCAGAAGAGCUCUUCCUGAGAUUCUGAUAUGUUCCAGUGGCAACAUGUACACACAGAAAAAAAGGGAACAUGAAGCCUUGGGGGACGCCACAGAAAAGAAACCACUACUACCAAAAAAGAUCAGUUCGUUUACUUAUAAUUCACUUAUACCGAACUCAGGUUCUUAUGGGACGAUAUUUACAGUCUAGAAGAGGAUAUAUUUUAUAGAAGAUACUGAACUUGGAUAACAUUCUGUAAAUCAAAUUUAUAUUGGUGAGCUUUUGAGGUGAGGUGAGAUUUUGAAAGGUGCACUGAAAACAUCUAUUAUCACUUUAUUGUAGGACAUAUCAAUCUGACACAGUUCCAAAGGGAAAUAGUCUGUAAGAGAGUGUUAUCUAAGUCCACAGAGCACUGAGUUGAACCCAAGUGCAGGUGGGGUGGCAGAGGUAAAUAAGACAGUCUUUGAGUGGUAAACAAAAUCCACUGUACCAAUACCCAGUACAAUCAACAGUACUAGAAGGGCUAAGGAAGGGAGGCUAAAGUCUGGAUAGUCAAACAGCGUACUGGUAAUCUGGUAAGUUACAUAGGGUGACUUAACAAAUGGGAGUGGUAAAAUGACUGCUACUGCAUACAGUGUACAGUAUAUACUAACUAUAGGCUUAAUUAGGGAAUAAUAAAAGGGGGUGGUGCUCAUACAGGACAGGGCUCAUGUGAUUGGCAGGUACCGAUGUAAAUGUCUGACUGAAUUGCAGCUAGUGAAAUUUUAAACUUUAAUCGAAAGUGAAAGCACUGAGGACAUCAAGUGAAAGCAGUUAGCUGAAUUUAAGAAUCGGAUUUGACCACUAGGUGGAGACAAAUCACUGUCAAAGUUUCUGCCAUGCCAUGCAUGUGUUUGAUAUGGAUUUUUUAAAAUUCUGGCUUUAUGCUUGUGUGUUAUGACUUUGUUUCAUACCCCUAAUAAUUCGAAGUCAACACUUGGAUAGAAUUUAGAAUCAAAAUGAUUGGUGUCACCAUCCACACAGCAUUAUGUAAAUCAACAUGUAAAACCAGCCAAAACAGUGAUAAAAUAGAGACCGAAUGCUGUUACUGAUGAUGAAUCACAACUAAACAGAUACCACAGAUGGAUGCUCCGGAGACAGGGAUUAUAUUAACAGUGACAUUUAUUAUUUUAUGAUUCAAUACAAGAGCCAGAGCAGCUGUGGCCAAGUGUCAGAAUGGCAAUCUGGGAAAGAAGCUGACUUUGUUCUCCUCCAGCCGUACAGACUGCAGCCUAUUUUUUAUUAUUUUAUCUGCCAACUUGAAGUAGAAGUGUAAAUAAAACUACCUGAUACUGCUUUUCUAUCAUGUAUUGACCUGAUGACCCCUGACUGAGAGAAAUAUUUUAUGGAUAUUUCAUAUUAUAUUCAGAACAAAUAGUGAGUUUGUGUAAAGCGAGUGAUUUGGAUGAAUUUUGAGCAGAUUAUUUCCUGUUUAGGGAACUAUAUACUAUAUACAAUUCUCUGUCUGUAUUAUGUUAUUUUCACAAAUCUUAACAUUCAUACAUAUUUAAUAGGAUUCUUUUUUUUCCUUGUUGCCUGACCAUUGUUUUAUUAGACAAUUUACUUAGCAUUUACUUUUUUUCACAUAAGUGAACCAAAUGCUGAGAUAUAGGCCUACUGUGUAUAUGUUUAAGGUUUCUAACAUGUCUUAAAAGCAAGAACCACUAAUCCAUUAAUGUCCACAGUGAAACUUUAUAAUUUCCUUUACAACAUUUAAAUGAUACCUGAUCUAAGAACAAAUCCAUUAAAAUGUUCCAAAUUGGUCAAAGUAUGAGACAAUAGUGCAAGUUUUUUUUAACAUAGUUCUUUUAGUCGUUAGUCACUGGUUGCGUUUUUGUUUUAAUGAUAGGAAAUACCUCUAGAACAAUAGCUUAGGAAUUUCAGAUCAUCAUUUUUGAUACACACAUAUUCAUGUGUGUCAUCCAGGAUUUUGUCACAUGGUGUGACUCCAACCACCUGCGCCUCAACACCAAGGAGAUGGUGGUGGACCUCAGAAGGCCCAGGGCUCACCCAGAACCUGUGAGCAUCAACGGUGACCAUGUGGAGUUGGUAUAGACAUACAAAUACCUCCUGGAUGAUAGGCUGGACUGGACCGCCAACACAGACGCCCUGUGCAGAAGAGGUCAGAGCCAGUUACACUUCCUCAGAAGGCUGGCGUCCUUCAACAUCUGCAAAAAACUAUUAGACUGUUGUGGCGAGCGCCCUCUUCUAUGCAGUAGUGUGCUGGGGAGGCAGCAUUAAGAAGAAGGAUGCCUCCCCUCUGGACAAACUAGUGAGGAAGGCGGGCUCUGUGUUGGGCACAGAGCUGGACAGACUGACAUCUGUGGCAGAGCAAAGGGCGCUGAACAGGCUCCUGUCAGUCAUGGACAAUCCACUGCAUCCACUGCACAGCACCAUCUACAGGCAGAGGAGCAGCUUCAGCGACAGGCUGCUGUCACUGUCCUGUUCCACUGAAAGACUAAGGAGAUCGUCCCUCCCCCACGCCAUGAGGCUCUACAACUCCACCCAGGGGAGGAAAACCAUAAAACUCUAAACUCCAAUAUGUCUGCCCUGUAUCAAACUGUACCACCUUGACGCAGUGCACCCUGCAUUAUGUGAACACCUACUUAUUCAAUUCAAUUCAAUUCAAUUUUAUUUUUAUAGCGCCAAUUCAUAACAGAAGUUAUCUCAGGACACUUUUCAAAUAGAGCAGGUCUAGACCGAACUCCUUAACAUUAAUUACAGAGACCCAACAGUACCACCAUGAGCAAGCACUUGGAGACAGUACAAGAACAAGAAUUUCGUUUUUUUCUGAGUUUAACAUCAGAAAAUUGCAGGUCAUCCAGGAUUUUAUGUCCUUAAGACAUGUUUGUAAUUUAGAUAAUUGAUUAAUUUCAUUGGGUUUGAUUGAUAGAUAUAACUGCGUAUCAUCUGCAUAACAGUGAAAGUUAAUGGAGUGAUUCCUAAUAAUGUUGCCUAAAGGGAGCAUAUAUAAAGUAAAUAGUAUUGGUCCAAGUACAGAACCUUGUGGAACUCCAUGACUAACUUUAGUAUUUAUGGAGGAUUCAUCGUUAACAUGUACAAACUGAGAACGAUCUGAUAAGUAUGACUUAAACCAGGUUAGGGCAGUUCCUUUAAUGCCAAUUUGAUGCUCAAGUCUCUGUAAAAGAAUAUCAUGGUCAAUGGUGUCAAAUGCAGCACUAAGAUCUAAUAAUACAAGUACAGAGACAAGUCCAUUGUCAGAAGCAAUCAGAAGGUCAUUAUUAACUUUAACCAGAGCUGUCUCUGUGCUGUGAUGAACUCUAAAUCCUGACUGAAAAUCCUCAAAUAAACUAUUGUUAUGUAGAAAGUCACACAACUCUUUGGCGACUACUUUCUCCAGAAUCUUAGAGAGGAAGGGGAGGUUGCACCUUAGGCCUUUCAAGCACUGGAUUUGACCAUGCACCUUAGGACACUCACCCAAUGCUCGUUAUUUUGCUAUAUAUUCUAUUUUAUUUUAUUUGCAUUUGACCUCCUGUUGUUGUUUUUAUUGUUAUUAUUAUCAGUCUGUGGAUACUGCUGGAAACUGUGAAUUUCCCCUUGGGGAUGAAUAAAGUAUCUAUCUAAUCUAAUAUAAUCUAAUUACUUGUCUCUGCACUUGUAUUAUUAGAUCUUUGUGCCGCAUUUGACACCAUUGACCAUAAUAUUCUUUUACAGAGACUUGAGCAUCAAAUUGGCAUUAAAGGAACUGGCCUCUAGCACCACUGUCAGGAAUCUUGGAGUUAUCUUUGAUCAGAAUUUGAAAAUGAAUCAGAAAAUCAACUUUGUUUGCCAAUUAAGGCAAAACAAACAUGUGAAAUCAAGAGUUUUGAUUUUGUCUUGUGUAGCCACGUCUUUUUCGUGGAUUGUUUCCACCUCUAACAGAAAUAAUUUUGUGGUGCUUAUUAUUUAUUAUUCACUUCAACGGUCAGAGCUCACAGUAUCAUGGCUGAUUGGUGUACAACCCUGCGUUGUAAAAUGACAAGUAAAUUACCUUCUAUCCUUGUAUGUUGCUCAAUUUGAGUCAAUCAAGAACAAGCCUACAGGUUGACUAAUUCCCACCAGCUCAUAAAAAAUAUGACAGUUAUGAAUGUCAUUUGGAAAGUGAAACAUGUCUUACUCGUCUGUGGAAGUCAUUUAACAUGUACAACAUAAUGACGGAAUGCACACACUCACACACUCACUGUUCACAAUUUCAAGGCCUAACCCAAUCUCAUCUGAUGUAACAGAAUAGUCAUAGUAUGUUUCGUACUGUAUUGAUUGUAUCGACCCCAGGAAGACUAGAGGCACAUUCAUGCUCUUGCUAUGCGGAUUCAUAUAAACAAUUAACAAACAAUAAUAAAACCCAAAAAUAGGUUGAGACAGACCUACUUUUGCGGCCCACUGGGCUUAGUCAUUUGCAGAACUCUAAUUGGAUGUUUGUUGAUAGGCCUGCAUUUCCUCCAUUAGGAGGCAUCUGUUCUAGAUGCCCAUUAGCCAAUGUGUUCUGCUUUCCUCUGUGGUGCUUUUGUUUUGAGACUGUACUGUAAAUGUUGUUUUGCGACCAGUGGUUUCCCAUUUUGGCCUCCCAAAAAGGGCUAACUAUCACCAUUUCUAUCUGAACUCAGCUUUUGGUUUCUCUUGUAGUGUAGUUAUCAGAAGGCUAUCUCUUUGGAAUGCUUGUGAUAAGACCUCAACGUGGUUAUCUUCGCAGUGGUAUGGUUAUGAUAAAAACAUUUCUAAGCUGUGAUAUGGUCUCACAGACAACACAAUGACGUUCAUGUCCAAAAGAUUUAAAGCAUUGACAUAUAUAAAGAUGAAUGACAUAAGAGCUCUCCAAAAGUGAAGCCAAAACAUCUUGAUCGCCCUUUGGUGGCUGACUGCAAUAUAGGUCAUAAAGCCUGCUGCCUCCAUGUUAAUAGUUAACAUGGGACAUGGUCCAAACAAAAAAAUCACAUCAAAUACAUUUUUCCCAUAGAUGGUUUCCUCCAUUUUAGGUAGUUCUUAUCACACUAAUGUAUGUUGAGGUGUUCAUUUUUCUAGGUUUUACAUCAUGAUUCAGUUCAGUUUGUUUGUAUAGCACCAAAUCAUAACAGAAGUUAUCACAGGGCACUUUUCAAAUAGAGCUGGUCUAGUCUUAUUUACAGAGACCCAACGGUUCCCAUCAUGAGCAAGCACUUGGAGACAGUAUGCAGCUUAUACAAGUGUGAUGUAGACAACUCAUUAUUGUUAAGCUAUAGUCCUACAGUAUUUGAGUGUUUCUUACAUAAUUGGACUUUUUUAAACUCAGGAAACAUUGGUAACUUACAGUUCAUUUAGAUUCAUUGAUUAUCUAUUGGAGGUAUAAUUUUAAUAGUGACAGUGAUUGGCAUAGUUGGGGUUACACUAUUUUGAUUUGGCUACAAAUCCACUAUCUGUUUAACUUUAUAACAGAAGCUGAAGGCGAGGCAGGCUGCUGCUGUCAUUCCGUAACCAUGGAAGAUAAUCUGUUACCAUGCAACAUGAACAAUUUUAACUAUAAACAGGAGUUGCCAUUUAACUAUACAGCAGGAAGUAAAACAGAGGAAAAUAGUUACCAUGGAUGAAGUCAUGCUGACAUGUUCAAGCUCAGACGAGCGUGGAGCCCAGAAGGUCAGGACUCAGAUGGACACCCUCCCUGACCUCCGCAACCAAAUCCUACAGCUGCUCGAGACCAGACUUAGUGAAACCUCCAUCAUGAUGUUGCAGGAAAAACUGCGGCUCAUGCAGAGGUGCUCGUACUACUUGGAAAUCCUGCGCGAGGAUUUGCUACCAACUGCAGACCAGACGCAGCAAGUACAUUUGUCUGACCAGAUGCUGUGGUCUCUCAUUGACCAGCAGAGGUUGCAGAGUGCCAUGACCCUGGGUAACACCCAGGUAAAGCUCCUCCUCACUCUUCUGGGAAUGCUCUACCAUGAGAUCAUCAGGGGCUGUCAGGAGCUAGAGACCUUCAUCCUGAAGUACGACCAGGGUUUGGUGGACAGCAACAUGGCAGCUUCUAUGCAGAAGAAGCUCCAGCAAACCCACCAGUAUGUGAAGGACUUUGAGAGCAGAAUGACUCGGAAUCUUGGACCACUGGACUUGCAGAACCAGCUCAUCCUCAACACAGGCAACUUCCCCAUACCACAGCUCACUGUAUCACUGACUGUCAAGAUGCCGGUGAUAUUUGACAGGCUCAAGUCAUGCGUGAAGUCCAACACUGUGCAUCUGUGUUGGGAUGUUGCAGGCCAGCAGGAGCCAGAUGAACAGUUUGAGAUCCACAUAAAGAGCCUUCACCCAACCACUACUGAACAUGCCGAGUUUACUAAAUCUAUAUGCCAGUCAUACAACAUACAGGUCAAAGACCUGCAACCUGACAGGUACUAUCAGUUCUCUGUCAAGAGAGUAGAUGCUGUCAACUUGGUCUAUGGACAGUGGAUCGACACCAUCACUCUGAAGACCUUGUAUAUUUCCGAGUUAGAGCAAAGUGCCCCAUUUUAAACUUUUUUAAGAGAAUGAAGAGAAUUCACACCCUGUGUAUACUUACAAAGAGAAUAUAUUUGAACUGCUUUACUGAAAAUAAAAUAACUUGUAGGAUUUAUUGAACUGAAAACUGUUAAAUGUGUAAUAAAAUAGUUGGCCAAAAUAA